AUUGAAUACAUCUUCAGACUGGAUGUUAAAACUGGAGAAGUAACACAUAAGGUUUGUUUAGCAAGUCAUCAGUGGAUCUUCAAUGCAUCCCUAGACCACAGGCUUCCUCCUGCUUUCUGUAUACGCCAUGAUGUUGAUGCCCUCCUGUGGCAGCCUAAGGCACACGCUGACCGUGAGGCUAACUGGACUCACAUUGGAACAUUUAAUGCACUUGGUUACGUCCAAGCAGCUAAAAGGGAUCGCAAGUUCUCAACCUGUGCCCCAGACAUGUCCUUUGCUACCUUAUGCGACUGCACAAGACAUGUUUAUGUUUACCUACAACCUGAAGGAGGAGCUAAACAUGCCAGUCAACAAGUUGUUACAUUAACUUCUCCAGAUAAUGAAAUCCUUGGGCUUCAAGCUUCUAAUAGAAAAAUAUUUGUCUUGACCAAACAAGGCUUGCAUGUUGUAACUGUAAAGUGAAGCUUCUUUAAAAUUUAACCCUUUAACCCCUAGCAAAGAUUAAGUCCUAACUUCUCACUAUCUUUUUUAACAAACCCAAGUAGGCAGAUUACAAGAAUCAAGGACAUGAUCAAAUCAGGAUUUUAGGCCAAAUUUUUCCUUAAGACAGCAGUUAUAGAAAAUUAUUUAUACUAACAGGAUAAUGUAUGUAUUUAGUUUUGGUUGCUUUUUAACAAAGGAGGUGUAUUUGAAAGUGAUUCUUAAUCACAGUGCUUAUUACUUUACAAGCCUUACUUUUUUCAUAGUUUUCAUAAUUUUCUAGAUAUUUCUAGUACCGGUAAUAUUGAGAAUAAAAUGAGCGUGAUAGUUAAUAUAAAAGUGCCUGGAAGCAAAGAAAGUGAAAAACAAGAAAAAUUCUUGAAAAACUCUGCUUUUGUGACUAGGAAAUUAAAUCCCCAAGGUAUAUUUGGCUGAUUUUGUGAUCCAGUAUUUGAUAUGUCUUCAGAUUAUGAACAACAAAAAAAAAACUUGUAGAGUUGACUAGACUUGUAAUAAUUUAUACUUGGUACACAUUGCAAUUAAAUUGCUUCAUGUAUCAGCUGUUCUAAUUGAUCCCUUUUUGCUUUAAUACUAGAGCAUUUUUCAAUCGAGUGUUGUAAAAGUAAAACCAAAACCAAAUAAUUUACCUACCAAUUAGACUACUCAGCCAAUCUUAAACCAUAGUUAAACCCAAACCAAUUAAAGUAAUUGCCAGAUUACUUCAUCAUUUAUAAUGAUUUUGAAAACUCCCUAGUAUGUCUCUUUUCCUUAUGGGAACAAAAAAGCAAAACUUGGUCAGCCACACAGUCACCUGUAAAAAUGGUGAUAUACAGCGGUUCCAAGAAACUUUUGAGAGCCUUUUGUAAGGAAUGGAAAACAAACCUCAAAGUGUACAGAGGAGUCUUAACUAAUGUGACUGUAAUUUCAGUUCAAUUCCACCUUGCAAUUAUUGUGGCACAAGCUGAUCCAGUUGAUUAAAAUCACUGUAUGUGACUGACUAGACAAAAGCUGCACAGAGAAGUGACUACGGGCACAAUCACCAACACUGACUACUGUAAGCUAGAUGCAGAACAUGAUUGUGAUACGAUGCUGACGGUGAAUUUAGCCAAAAUAAUAAGGCUACCGGUGCUUUCUUUUUUCGACAUACGUGUGCACAUGUCAUUGCAUAAAGGCGAAAGGACAAAAUGAUGCAUUCAUCUCCCAUUCUCCUGUUGUCUUCCCUCUUAAGUCUUGAUUUUGUCUGCUAUGCAAGGUAAUAAUAAUUUUGGUUCCUUGGUGUAAAAGACAGGACAAGUCACAAUAGAACACUGCCUCACAAACCUAUUGUUUUUAUUGUAUUCCUCAUUCUUUUGUC